UAUAGUAAUUGUAAGUAAAUAAAUCCGAUUUGUGUGUUUCAGGGUUGAUGUUUGCGCAGUUGGGGCGAUGGAGUAGGAUGCAAUACGUUUCCAUAGAUGCCCAAAAAGAGCUCAGACGCUUGAUCGUCCAGAUGCACGCGCUUUCUGCCAGACACCCAAGUCUCUCUCAAUCUGUCUCCCUCACCUUGUUCAUCUACAAAAGGAAGAAUCGAUCGAGCUCCCUCGGAGGGCAAGCCCCAAACCCCCUCUCUCUCAAUCUCUCAACCAACAGCUCCGACACCAUCUUUCUCCAUCUACCUUAUUCUCUCUAACUCUCGAUCUCUUUGCGUUGUAUGAGGAUGGAAGGAAGAGGGGAUGAGAUACACCUGCCACCAGGGUUCAGGUUUCACCCCACAGAUGAGGAGCUGCUAGUCCAAUACCUCCUCCCCAAGACCUCCGCUGCCACCUUCUCCUCCAACGUCAUUGCAGAGGUCGACCUCUAUAGGCACGACCCAUGGGACCUGCCCGGUAAGGCGCUUUUCGGCGACAAGGAGUGGUAUUUUUUCAGCCGGAGGGAUCGGAAAUUCCCCAACGGGUUGAGGCUUAACAGGGGCGCCGGAUCCGGCUUCUGGAAGGCUACCGGCACCGACAAGAUCAUCGUGGUCGACGGCCGCAAAGUGGGCACCAAGAAGGCGCUCGUUUUCUAUGUAGGAAAGCCUCCAAACGGGAGCAAGACCAACUGGAUCAUGCAUGAAUACCAGCUCCUUGUAGAACAAAAUGGCUACCUCCCACGAAAGAAAUCAACCCCUUGCCUGGAUGAUUGGGUUGUGUGCCGAAUUUACAAGAAGCGGACCAGCCAGCAGAUGGGAAUCCAAAGGUCGAAACAGCACCAUGAAGUCGCCAAUUCCCCUCCGGAUGAGGAGACCUUUGCAUCACUUUCUGCCAUCGGCGACCAACGCUUGGAGUCCAACGUGAACCAAUGGAUGGUGGUGCCGGAAAUGAACGCUUUUUACCAACAACAGCAACAAACAUACAGCUCGGGUUUCACCUUGAGUACAGACGAUUUUUUCAUGGAGCUGCCGACCUACAUGGCGGACAAUUGUAUUAGUAUCGAUGAGAAAACAGGCGCAAGCUUUUCCACGCAACUGACAGACGCCUUGUACUUUCAGCACCACCACCAGCAACCAUACUCGUGAUUGUUUAAUUGAGUUCAUUGGCAACUAUGUUUAAGGCCAAUAAAAACAGUUCUUUACCCCGAAAUGCAUUUUUUUUUUUUUUUUUUACGGCUGGUUUCCUACUAUAAUUUCAAUUAACUUCUCUGUUAGGCCAAGGAAGUACAUCCCAGCAUUAAAUUGUUUGGAUUUGCUAAUAUAGCAUGAUCCCCACAUGUGAAUUGAUAACGCUCAAGUACACUGUUCAGACCUAA